AUGAGUGAGUGUGGUGCAAUUGAAGCAUUUGGUAUGGAUGAAUUUCCAAAGAUACCACAAAAUUACAAAGGUUUUCAUGUACUGCCAUCAGUUAUUACUUUAAAAUUAAAUGAUUCAUCAACAAUAACACUACGUAAUUCAAGCAAUUUCCCUGUUCUUUAUAAGAUUAAGUGUACGUCAAAUUAUCGAAUCAGUAUUCUAGACUGCGCCGGAAUAUUACGUCCGGAACGUGAAACAGUCAUCUUAGUAUAUCGUCAUAACUGUGAAAUUAACGCGACGGAUCGUUUCCUUAUAAUUUAUACAUUGGUUGGUAUGCAAUGGUGUAUUAAUGAUGCUAAUGCAUUAUUAUGUUGGCAACGAGCAAAAGCUCAACAAAUUCCAACUAAAACGAUUAUUCUUACUGCUAAAUUAAAUAUUUACACCGUAACAAAAGUAUAUGGCAAAAGAAAGAAAAAAAAACACCAAUUUAUGCAUGCAAGAAGGAAAAAAAAUUGA